AUGGAGCUGUCAUGGAGCCAUCACACGAGGUGUACAGUCCUGUCAUUAAUUCAUCACACAAGACGUAGUCCUGUCAUGAAGCCACCACAUGAGGUGUACAGUCCUGUCAUGGAGCCAUCACACGAGGUGUACAGUCCUGUCAUGGAGCCAUCACACGAGGUGUACAGUCCUGUCAUGGAGCCAUCACACAAGAUGUACAGUCCUGUCAUGGAGCCAUCACACGAGGUGUACAGUCCUGUCAUGGAGCCAUCACAUAAGGUGUACAGUCCUGUCAUGAAUUCAUCACAAAAGGUGUACAGUCCUGUCAUGGAGCCAUCACACGAGGUGUACAGUCCUGUCAUGGAGCCAUCACACGAGGUGUACAGUCCGGUCAUGGAGCCAUCACACGAGGUGUACAGUCCUGUCAUGAAGCCAUCACAUGAGGUGUACAGUCCUGUCAUGGAGCCAUCACACGAGGAGUACAGUCCGGUCAUGGAGCCAUCACACGAGGUGUACAGUCCUGUCAUGAAGCCAUCACACGAGAUGCACAGUCCUGUCAUGGAGCCAUCACAUGAGGCUCAUAGUCCUGUCAUGAAGCCAUCACAUGAGGCUCAUAGUCCUGUCAUGCAGCCAUCACAUGAGGCUCAUAGUCCUGUCAUGAAGCCAUUACACGAGGUGUACAGUCCUGUCAUGAAGCCAUCACACCAGGUGUACAGUCCUGUCAUGAAACCUUCACACGAGGUGUACAGUCCUGUCAUGGAGCCAUCACACGAGGUGUACAGUCCUGUCAUGAAGCCAUCACACGAGGUGUACAGUCCUGUCAUGGAGCCAUCACACGAGGUGUACAGUCCUGUCAUGAAGCCAUCACACGAGGUGUACAGUCCUGUCAUGGAGCCAUCACACGAGGUGUAG